AUGACGGCAGACGCAGCUUGGCCAGCGCUCGUGGUUAGCUUUCUCCUGGGGCUUUUCGCAGGGCGCCGCAGCAAGCACCAACGAACUGGUGCCAGCGGGCUGGACACGAGUGCAUCGGGCGCGCCUGCUGGGUCAGUGAUCGACAGCACGCCCGCUGAUGCACCGUUCGCCUCGCUGGUGCCGCUCGCGUCGGCGCCGUCAGGGACCACCGCUGACGUUAAACUGAUGCUCAUCGUACGUCGUGACCUGAAGAUGAGCCCUGGCAAAAUUGCCGCUCAAUGCGGGCAUGCCUCUGUCGGUGCUUUUAGAGGGUGUACGGAUCGCGCGCUGCUGGCUGCUUGGGAUCGAAACGGCCAGCCGAAAAUUGCGCUGCGCUGCAGCUCACUGAAAGAGCUGUUGGCGAUCGAACGGGCGGCCCGGCAGCUUCGUAUACCGACUUUUGCCGUACGCGACGCGGGGAGAACGCAGGUCGUGGCGGGCACGAUUACGGUGCUGGCUGUUGGGCCUGCCGAGAGUGCCAAACUCCAGAGAAUCACCGGCCAUUUGAAGCUACUUUAA